AUGAGACCAGUCUUCCUGAACAUAAUAGUCACUAUUGGAAUAGUUAUUGCUGACGAAGAAGGACCAUUUAAAAUAGCUUCUAAGCUGGACCCUACAAAGUUCUUUAGUGGAGGAUAUUCGAUGGAAGAUAGAAGAAUUGUAAUGUCAAAUACGAUGCCCGCUUUAGAGUUCGUAAAAAUACCUGUGGGCAAUAGUGCUACCAGGUUUACUAUCCAGGAGGUAAAUACUAAAGAUUAUUUGGAUAUUGAAAGUAAUAUAAAUAAGUUGGUUAUAUGGAAAACCGCUACACCUGAAAUCAAUCAAAGGAUAUUCAUGUUUCCUAGAACACAAAUAAAAGAUACUGGGUUCAUGAUUGUCAGCUUUAAGAAUGACUAUACAAGCUCCGAAGAAUGCUUGCAAUACAACGAAGAUACUGGGAACAUCACAAGAGAGAGAUGCGAUGGCAAUAAUCCUCGGCAGAAGUUUUUAUUUGACCGUGAUAUUCCUGUCAAUGAAAUGAAUCAAAGGAUGCUUCUAAAUCACGAGCCUUAUUGCCCAUACGGAGACCCGAGCAAGUGUGGAAAACCAAGUGUAAUCAUUAUCAACAAGACUUCCGAUCCUGCCUCACACUCACACAGUCAUGCAUCAUCACAUCUACCUCGUUUAUCUCGUUCACAUGAACACUUACUACACAAUCGUGAUGAUUAUCAUCAUGAAGAUAAUCAUUUUCCGCAUUUCAACUUCUUGACAAGCAAAUACUGA